CCUGACAAAGCAUCGUUAAAAACUUGGCGUGAUGAAACGCGCUGUGACGCCAAAUCCGCCUUGCACGCGAUUUGCCCUGACAGCAUCAACCAUGCAGCGAACAUGAGAUGCCAAUAAAUGCGGACGCACUCCAUUUAAUGCCCAUGGCUGUCCCUACGAAAAACUGCUGCAGCCAUGACAAAUCCUCCACUCCAGAAAGGAAAGGCCAUAUCGGAUUACUUCAAACCCUACAUCAAACCUAACGUUCCAGCGAAGCGGCCUUCGCCGUCUAUCGACGAAGCAGAGCAGACGAAGAACGCGGCGCAGAGCAAGAGCCCAAGGAAAGGUGCUGCAGGGACCUCGACGCCCAAAGCCGUGAGAAGGACAACAGAAGCAAAGACACGCACACCAAAUGCGCCCUCGCUCUCACCGUUGUCUGCACGGGGCUCCAGCGUCCGCUCAAUACCUUUCCGCAGCCCUCGGCCUCAGGAGCCUAUAGAGCCGCCGUCGACCUACAAACGCGCUUCUCUUUUUGGAACGGACAGAAAGACAAACCCAGUAUCGCCAGCACCAGCCAAACCCUUUUCUUUCGCAGACCUACCUACCUCAACCCAAGCCGUGUUAAAGGCUGGUCAGGUGGUGGAAAUCCGCGACUCAGACGAUGACACUGCAUCCGUUGACUCGCUAGAGUCGCUAGGACAGCUCUUUGGGAAGAAGAAGGAUGGCAAUACCACAUCACUGUCUUCCUCUCCCGAGGUGGACGAGAACGAGCUUGAGGCGCAACGUGUUAAAACAUUGAGUGCAUUUACUCGGGGCCGAUCAGACCCGUUGGUGGGCAAAGACAAGUUGCGCGCGCUCCAUGCAAAACAAAAAGCAACCAAUUUCGACCUGUCCGGCAUCAUUGGCGAUCAUGACGACGACGCUGCAGUAGAGCAGAAAGUCCAGCAGUCACGAGCCGACUAUGAGGCGUCUCGGGCCCCUUCACCUCGAGGGAACCACAGCUUGGACAGGAAGUUGCUCGCGGCCGUUGUCGAUGCUGAAGAUGGCGAUGGCGGGGUCUCAAGGCUUAUGGACGCCGUUGAGCGUACGGAAGCUUUGGCAUCAGACCGAGUCUUUCUGUUCUUCGGGGCUGAUGGUGUAAAUGACUGGCACGAGAAGCCUCCUAUGCUGUACGACUACCCGAAGAGAGCUAUACCAGACAGCACCUGGCGUCCAGGGGACGAUGAUGCGCGAUCGAGGGCGUUUAAGUCUGGUUAUAUGUCGGAGCUUGCCUCUCGAGGACGAAUAUCGGACGAGGCGCUACGGUGGACUUUUGACAGCGUCGUUCUUGAACAGGAUGAUGGCUCGCGGCCUGCAUACAUCGAGUGUCUACAGAAUGCAAGUCCAUCAUGGACCAGAAACAAUGUCACAGCCCAGGAUGUGCAGACUGUUUUUCAGACCCUGGGAGCAGACGUUGCCAACUUCCAGGAUGCAGUGCCAAUCCAGCCAAAGUAUCGCCUUGUAAGCGAACCUGCACGGCGUGAUCCAAAGUAUCUGCUGGCGGCUCUGGACCUCUUUCAGUCCAUCGCACAGGACAUGGACUUCAUCGGGUUGAGCAAAUUAACCUCAAUGCUCUGUCGAUUAGCUAUCGACAGUGAACUCAUGAGCGACGGUCAAGUCACUUGCAAAGUCGAACAAAGCCUGGAACACCUCCUCAGCCUGCCGGACCAUGAUCUGCGGGAGCAUGUUUUUGAAAGGAUGAUCGCCGACGUGGGACAGCAUCUGAAAGAGCCGACCCUACAAGCAUACCUGCUCUCUCACCUCCUGCCGACAUCGACCACCGCCUCACGCGUACGCACAACCCUUGCACGGAUAUUCUUCAUGGGCACUGAGGAGUCGGAACCUACACAGAACCUCUCUCCUCGGGACAAUCUCGAUAGAUUGACGGAGCGCAUCUCCACAUCAGAACCUUUCAUGCCCAAGCGGCACCGAGACCCCAGGAAAGUCGAUUAUACUGCCCUGCGAGCGCAAGCAUACAUCCUCGACACUGCUAUCGCGGACGGCGGUCGACCCGCGGAUUUUGACUCUCGCGCUGAAGAAGUCGCGUUCAAUAAGUCGGUUGACAAACUGGCUGAGAGCGUUCGUCUGACCUUCACCUCGAUCAUCAACACGGGUACCUCGCACUUGAGCAGAACCGAGGCGAAAGCCGCGCUACAAACACUCUAUUGGCGCUUGUUGUACAGUGUGCGAACAGAGGUCCGACCAAGGAAAAACAUCUUUGAUGCGCGGACCGGGUUGAUACGCGAGUCCAGAGAGUUCAACAGUGAGGAGAAGGGCAAGAAUGUGAUGAAGCAGUUUCUGGCGAGAAAAGAGCAGAGGAAUGCUGAAGCUGAUGCAGACAACCAGCGACACGCAUCUCAAGGCGUGUCAGAACCUGGCGGAAACGUCAUUCUUUCUGGAUCUUCAGAACCUUCAGAGACGGAAGUGAUGAUACGGCGUCAGUUGGGACUAAGCGAGUGAACUGUAGUGGUUGAUGAAUUUUGGGGUUUCGUGGUGUUGCAACAGUGUGUUAUUAGCAUGGCGUUGGUGGAUGAAGGGACAUGUCGCUCCUGUGAUACUGUUAUACUCUGAGAUGCCGGUUUGAAAUGAUCAGAAGUUAUGUAUAUACAUGCAUCUGCGUAAGCGAACAGUAUCGCGUACUCUGAUGAAUAGCAACCCAUCCCUGAUUAAUGGCUGAUUUCUGAGCGCCAUAUUCUAUCGAAGCACUGCU